UAUCUCCUGGUAGCGUGUAUCGUUUUAGACUGAUUGGUGCUCAGAGCUUAUAUGCUUAUCGUUUCUCCAUUGACAGGCACACACUGACAGUAAUAGCGACUGAUGGACAGUUUGUGGUACCAAUUGAAGUGGAUUUCAUCAUAAUACACUCUGGAGAGAGAUACGACUUUCUUCUUCAAACGAAAAAUGACACGUCACAAAAUGAUUAUUUAAUUCGUGUGGUAACGCUAGAGGUGAACAGCGAUCAAGAGAGUGUUGCUGAAGCUAUUCUCCAUUAUGAUACAGGCCCUUAUCCUAAAGCUACUGAUUAUGAAAGAAUAGCUCAAAGCUCAGAAAGUGAUGCCGUUAGAUGCACUGAAUCCUCCAACUGUACAGCUCUUAACUGUCCUUUCCUAGUCUAUCCUCAAUCUUACUACAUCAGCUGUGAACAUAUUCAUAAUCUGAGGCUACUCUUUCCUGUAUCUGAUACUGAUCUACCUACUAACAAUGCUAAAGGUAAGACUAGCCUCUUCUUUAAUUUUGGUUUUGAGGGAAUCAGUCAAACUAGUGCUAUUAAUGGUCGUAACUUAAGACUGCCCUCAUCUCCACCUGCUUUGUACGAUACUCCAGAAAACCUUUACCAAGAAUCCUGCAAGAACCUUGACACAAAUUGGGAGUGCGAUGAGAUUGAUACUGUUCUUGAUUCCGACUGCUAUUGCGCUCAUGUUGUCAACGUGAGCAAUGAUCAUACCAUACAACUAGUAAUAUCAGCUACUGGACCAAACACUACACAACUAAACAACUUCCUAUUCGCUCAUCCAGUACAUCUUCAUGGACAUUAUUUUCAAGUAGCUGAUAUACAGUUUGGUCCUACUAAUAAUAUUACUGGAAGGUUGGAGGAAGGAAGCAGUGAUAUUAACUGUGGAGGAGACCUACUGUGUACUAAUCCAUCUUGGAAUGUAAAUACAUAUGAUGACUUUGAUCUUGAUCCUUCAGCCCCACUGAAGGAUACUCUGUUAAUACCAGCUGGUGGUUAUGCUGUUGUGUAUUUUAAAACUGAUAAUCCUGGUUGGUGGUUCCUACACUGUCAUAUUGAGGUACAUCAAUUGGAGGGAAUGGGAGUCAUCAUUAAUGAAGAAGGGAAGAAGACACCUGCUCCUUAUAAAAUGCAAAAGUGUGGUAAUUUUGAGCUAACAGUAGAUGAGUUUAAGAAAGGAAUAAAGGGGAAGCUCAAUCCUAGUGGUGUUGAUGGUUAUAAAAUUGCUACUAUUGUACUAGGAUCAGUCUUAGGAGUUGUUCUGUGUAUUCUUUUGAUUGUAUUGUUUAAAUGUGCUUGCUGUACUAAGACUAGAGAUGAUAACUCUGAAGUGUCACUGCCUAUAUUAUUGUAA